AAACGAAUCGCAUUAGUAAGUUGCAAGCUGCCUCAAGUUCUCGGUGAACCAAAAGCCAAUAAGAAAAAAAAGAAAAUAGUUCGGUGUGGAUAUAUGCGAAUAAUAUUUUCAUAGUAAAUGUUCGUCACUUGUGGAUUACAACUUCUAAUUUUUCAACUCAUGACAGCAGAGAGGAUUACGAUUGGUGUCAAUGCUUAAUCCCAAAUAUACGGAUACUAAACUGAAGAUUCUGAAAUCCUUGAGAUUGUCGAAGAACCUAUCGUCAAGUAAAGGCUCCCGCACAGGAAACUCAGCAAAUAAUUUAGAACUUCACGUUCUAACUCUGAUCCAAUACGUGCCCUGAAUUGAUAACCCUUCCCAAAGAUCACAUUACACUGAUUUAAACAAAAAAAAAACAAAA